AUGUCUUCAACGAGUACAUUGACAGUAGUCAGCGACUCCAUUCGACAACAUGGCGGAGUCGAACAUAAUCAGAACGCGGAUAUCAAAUCACCGCCGGCUACUCUACAGGCCGUGAAGACGCCCGGCAAAGAAGAUGUCUUCCCUGAAGGCGUCAACCAAGCAUCGCCAUCUGGACGUUCACUGGAGCAAAUGGGGUUGGACGAGACCACACCGCCUGAAGACCAUGCCGUCGAAGUGAAGGAGACUUGGAGGAGCCCGCGGGUUAACGUUGCUCGUAUGGCCUAUAUCUUCUUGACCAUGUUCAAUCUCGGUCUCCACGACGCAUCCUACGGGCCUCUCAUCCCCUCGCUCGAAAAGUACUACGGCCUCAACUACACGACGGUGUCCCUGGUCUUCCUCGCCACAUUCCCCGGCUAUCUCUUCGCAGCUCUCUCGAGUGACAGGAUCCACCUCAAAUUCGGGCCGCGAGGAAUCGCGGCCAUGGCCUCCACGAUGCGGAUAGCGACGUACCUUGUUAUGGUCUGCCAUCCCCCGUGGGCUGUGAUCGUUGUUCUGCUGGUCUUCUGUGGCAUGGGUAAUGGACUGCUCGAUGCGGGUUGGAAUGCCUGGGUCGGCGGGCUCGAUCGGCCGAAUGAGUUGCUCGGGUUUGUGCAUUCUCUCUACGGCCUCGGAGCUGCAAUUGCCCCCCUCAUUGCGUCCGCCAUGGUCGACAGGUCUGGUCUUGCGUGGUAUGAGUACUACUACAUCCCCCUUGCACUGUGCUGUCUGGAGCUCGUGACUGGUGUGGCUGCAUUCUGGAAAGAAGACGGCGCAGAGUUCCGACGAAAGAACGCCAGCUCUCGCAGUGAGGGUGGCCGCACGAGAGCCGCGCUGAAGCUCAGAGUCACCUGGACCAUUGCCAUCUUCUUGCUGUUCUACGUCGGUGCAGAGGUAGCGCUCAGCGGCUGGGUCGUCACAUUCAUGCAACGAGUUCGAGGAGCACCUGCAUUCGACUCGUCUCUAACAGCAACCGGCUUCUGGCUCGGUGUCACUGUCGGCAGACUAGUCCUCGGCUUCAUCACCCCUCGACUUGGAGAACGCUGGUCCAUCAUCGGCUACCUCGCCAUCGGCAUGGCUCUCGAGCUGAUCUUCUGGCUCGUCCCUCAAUUCGUCGUCUCCGCCGUCGCAAUCGCCCUGCUGGGUUUCUUCCUCGGACCCAUGUUCCCCGCCUCCGUGGUCAUCCUGUCAAAGACCCUCCCGAAACACCUUCACGUCGGCGCGAUCAGUUUCACCGCCGCCGUGGGCAUGGGCGGUGCGGCUGUGUUGCCGUUCGCAGUGGGUGCUAUCGCCAGCGCGGCUGGUGUGCAGGUGCUUCAGCCGAUUAUCCUGGCGAUUUUGGCGAUCUUGCUGUUGAUGUGGUUGUCGUUGCCGAAGGUACCGAAGGAUAAGCGGUCGGAGUGA